AUGGUUAUGAGUGAAGAGACAAAAUUGUACAAUGAACAAGUAGCAAGAAUCAACGGUCGAAUCGUUCGAUUGAACGUAGGUGGUACGCGCUUUUAUACUUCUUAUGGUACACUUCGUGUCUCUCCCUAUUUUAGGACCGAUCUCUUCAAGGCAGAGACAAAGGAAGAAAUCUUUAUCGAUCGCAGUGGUCAACUCUUUACCCACAUUUUACAAUAUUUACGUGAUGGUCGUAUCAAUCACACGGAUCGUUUAGAGGCUCUACGUGUAGAAGCUAUUUUUUACCAACUGGAUGAUCUCGUCAACAAGUUGGACGACAUGAUCAAGAACCCGCUCUCAGACAGAAAGAAGGAGUAUAAGUUAAUUGAUUUCGCAGACUUGAAGGAUCUAUCCAUGUUGUCAUCCAAUGCUGGUAGCAUCACAAAGACCAUUUGUGAUACCUACGAUUUAAUCACGGUCGUUUCGUACCCGUACAUCACUUGGAAUUGCUCUGUACAUGGCUCUAUCGCAAAUUGUCCUCCUGCCUGUGGGGGAAGUAUCAAUUCGCAAUGGUCAAACACACCGUGCGAAAAGUUGCUCGUACGCAAGAAGUAA